UCCUGGUUCUUCGAUUCUCUCCUCAAUUCUCUGAGAAAAUCCCCAUCUCAAUUCAGAAGACACUAAUCGUUCGGUUUUAGGGUUUUAAUUUCGCUUCGAUGGCAUCCAGUUCUUACAGAGGCGGUGCCAGCGGCUCCUUUUACGGCGAUGCUGCUCCGUACAGAUCUAGAGAUGGGCUUAGCACUAGACCCGUUGGAAAUUCAGACGAAAUCCAGCUGCGGAUUGAUCCGAUGCAAUCUGACUUGGAUGAUGAGAUCACGGGUCUCCACAGCCAAGUCAAGCAGUUGAAAAAUAUUGCUCAAGAAAUCGGGACUGAGGCGAAAUUUCAGAAGGAUUUCUUGGAUGAACUGCAAAUGACAUUGAUGAGAGCUCAAGCAGGAGUGAAGAACAACAUAAGGAAACUGAACAUGAGCAUCAUAAGGAGUGGCAACAACCAUGUCAUGCAUGUUGUUCUCUUUGCUCUCCUCUGCUUCUUUGUCCUCUACAUGUGGUCCAAAAUGUUCAAAAGAUAAAAAAAGAGAAAA